AGAGCCUGCGACAGAGUCGGGGGCUCGCGCGGAGAUGGCGGCGGCGGAUGCUGGACGGAGACCCAUAGGCCGAGUAUCUGCAGUCCCGUGGGUGUGUGUCGAGGGGAAUUUUCAUUCCCGGAAUAGGCUGCUUCGUCACCGUCUUCUGGAUCAGUGUGGUGGGCAGUCUCAUCCCCAGGAGCAGCUUUUGCAUCGUCGUCUGCAAGGUCCGGUUCAUGCGUUCUGCGACCCCCUGCUGUUGUAUUGGACUAUUUGCAGGGUGCCCGAGUCGUUGGUGCCAGAUGUCGUCGGGAGCGCGAUGGCCGGGCGAGCGGUGGUAUAUGUCGGUGUUGGAGAAGAACGCGGCGACUGUGGUGGGACUUCGACAGGCUUCUCGUGUGAUGGGCAUAAGUUGAUCUGCUUCGGUUGGCGGUCCUCGGAUUGCUGGUGGUGGUGCUCGGCUGGGUUCUGCUGCUGCUACUGCAGGUAUGGUGUUGGAGUGCCAAAAUCCAUCAGGGUCGAAGUCGGGGUCAAGAUCCGGCGGGUGUGUCCAGGCGGCGAACGACACGAUUCCGUCGCUAUCGGCAGUACCGCGGUCAGGGACGAAGUCCAACACGAAGACGCCGGACUUCAGGAGAGCGCGACCGAUGAAGAGACCGCCCUUCCCGUGGUUCUCGUUGUUGGCGACGGUGAUGAUGACGUCGCGGUUGAGGCGUCGCUCUCGUUGCACGAAGUGUCCUGAAGAACACAUGUGUUGACCGCAGCAGCUGUCCAAGAACCAGGUGUUUCGCCCGGUGGGUUCGGCGUUGGCGACUGCAGCGUAUGUCGGGUUGACCUGAAGUCCUUAUGUGGAAGAGCGCCUUGGAGGGCUUUCUUGAGUGGAGGCGACGUGUGGGUCUACUGGACGAUAGACACGAGGACGUGUGCAGUUGACUUUGGAAUGUCCGGAAGUCUGACAGUUGUGGCAGAACGGCGGCACGAAGGUCCAUCUCCUGUUGUUCAGCAUGAAGCUCGGCGCAGAGGUGCAUCUCCGAGAUCCUUCCGUGGGCGCGAAGAAGCGAGCGUGUGGUUCUCCAUUCUGGUCCGAGCCCGGCGAGGACAAGCGUUACGAAGCUUUCCUCAGUGAUUGUUCCUCCGCACCGAAGCAGGCAGUCGCGGAGGGUCUGGCAGCGACUCAUAUACUGCAUCGCCUUUUCCCCAGUCUUCAUCUUGCGACAUGAAGCUGAAGAACCUUUCCAUAAGGUUUGGGUCGACGCUUGAAGACGGUGAUGGGGUCACCAUUUCCGGUGUUCUUCCUGUUGUCUCUUGAGCAGCGCCGGUCUCGGUCUGCAGUCCUGAAGUGUGCAGCCCAGAGUUGCCGUGUUGAGUGUCUUGGGCACUGGGUGAGCCCGUAGAGGUCUUCUUGCCCUUGUUAUCCAUGACUUGUAAUCAAUGAAGUCGUUGAAUUGCAGAUUGUAGAUAGAGCGUAGUUGCUGGGAGUUUGGUCUCUGACCAGCUCUCAUACCAUGUUGGGCUGAGAAAAGCCCUUAGGAUCUUUCCAGAGACUAAGUCCCAGUUGUAGCAGGCUUGAGUAAUGCAGCGGAAGUUGAGGUAGUUGAACCCUUGUACUAGUAUAUGAGAACAAGUAAUUGAUAAAAGAAACAAGCAUAC